AUGGAAUGGGGUAUUAAAGAAAAUAGGAUUGCAGUGAUCGCCUUGCACAAAGUGGGUAUGGAACCGUCGAUCAUAUUCCAGACACUUCAAAAGCUUGGUAUCAGCCGUAUGUUCGUAUAUCGUACUAUUAACAUAUACAGAAUCACUUCGUCUGUCGAAGACCAGAAAAGAUCGGGGCGGCCGCGUGUUGUUAGAACUACAAAGGCUGUUAAUGCUGUUAAAGCCAAAAUUCGUCGAAACCCCAUUAGGAAGCAAAAAAUCUUAUCGCGAGAAAUGAAGAUUCCCGCUAGAACUCUGUCGCGUAUUGUAAAACAAAACCUGAAGCUCGGUGCUUAUCGACGAUAUACAGGACAUGCCCUAAAUCAAUCUUUACAAUUAAAGAGAGUGGAUCGAUCAAAACGCCUUCUGUCGCGAUACGCAGGAGAAAGGCACAGAAAUAUCCUCUUUACCGAUGAAAAAAAUUUCACGAUUGAAGAACACUACAUUAAACAAAAUGAUAAUGUGUACGCUCACAGUUCUAUAGAAGCUGCUCAAGUUGUCGGAAAGGUAAAACGUGGUCAUCAUCCUGCGUCAGUGAUGGUUUGGUGGGGCGUGUCUUAUCAAGGAGUCACAGUACUACAUUUUUGUGGAAAAGGAGUGAAAACUUCAACCAAAGUAUAUCAAGAUACAGUCUUGGAUCAUGCAGUGAAACCUCUCAGCAAUACAAUUAUUAAAAAUAUACCGUGGACUUUCCAGCAGGACUCUGCACCUGGUCACAAGGCACGAACUACCCAAGGCUGGGUUGAAACCAACGUUCCGGACUUUAUAAGAGUUGAAGACUGGCUCUCAUCUAGCCCAGACCUCAACACUUUAGACUUCAAAUUAUGGUCAGUUUUAGAGGACAUGGCCUGCUCUAAACGACACGGCAGCAUUGAGUCUCUUAAAAAAUCUUUGGAGCAAGCAGUGGCGAAAUUUCCCUUGGAUACAGUGCGUAAAUCCAUAGAUUCGUGGCCAAACAGAUUAAAGGCCUGUAUAAAAACUAAAGAUGGCCAUUUCGAAUAG